GCGUCGGGGAAACGAGUUGUUGACUUGCAAAAUCUCAGAGCCUCACUUCCUGCUCGUAGCGUGAAAAAUGAUCUGUGUUAUCCUUUUAAAAUACCCCUCCGUGAACGGUGGCAAAUGUCACAUGCGUAUUGACGAGGUCGGUGCAGGUGAAAUAGUAGUUUGUUAUGGCAGUUUUGGGGGGGACAUUUGUAUUUAAGGUUAGCUCUGAAGCUUGAAAUCAGCGGGUGGAAUGUUUGCCUGAUUUGGAGUUGCAGCUGGAAUUCCCGUGUGGCUAACAGCAUAGGACCGUGUUGUAUGUAGCAGGCUGCUUGGUACUGCCAGUUUCUGGAAAAUGAAGAGUUUAUUUUGGCACAAAAAAACUUGAAAUCCCUGCAUGCAAGAUGAGUGUGUAACCUGCAUGUUAUGGAAAAUUAUACACAGGUUAAGACACUUUUUGCACCAAAUAGAACAAGUCUGUUAAUUCCAUUGCUAUACGUCUGACAGUGUCCUCGUUUAAGUAUUUUCUGAUGUGAGGUGGUUCUUGAGCAGCGGUGGUAUUUUUCCCUGGCUUCUUGGUUUCUGAAGGGGGUCAGGUGACUUUCCACUGCUUUACCCCAUCAGACGUCACUCAGCAGUGCGACACAUUCUCUGUUUCCUUGCAGGUCAACACGCUGUGACUGGGUGCAGACACCCAAGUUCAGUGCUUCCUGCCACCUCCUAUCCCUGCGUAGCCUUUGUCAAAAGACGCAGCCAAGACCCGGAGACUAUGCCUGCCCUCGGAUUGUCCCAGCUUUCCGUGUUGAGUUCCUCGUGGACCUGACCAUUGGUGGCUGACAUCCCCCCCCAGGAAGGGCAGCGUGGCCAUGAUCAGAUGGGCACUCCAAAGGCUCACUUUCCAUCUGCUCCGGAGGAGAAGGUCAUUGCCGCUCAAACUCGCAGCCAUUGUCUUCGCAGGGCUCUUCUUCUGUGAGUUUCUGAUCUAUUACCUAGCGAUCUGCCGGUGUCACUGGCCUGAGAUGAAAACACCUGCCCGUGGCCGUGGGAGAGAUCCUGUGCUGAGGGCCAUGUUUCUGGCUGACACCCACUUGCUCGGGGAAGUGACUGGCCAUUGGCUGGACAAACUACGAAGGGAAUGGCAAAUGGAGAGGGCCUUCCAGACGGCUCUGUGGCUGCUGCAGCCGGAAGUGGUCUUCAUUCUGGGGGACAUCUUUGAUGAAGGGAAGUGGAGCACACCCCAGGCCUGGGCACAUGAUGUGGAGCGCUUUCAGAAAAUGUUCAGACAUCCAAGUCACGUGCAGCUGAAGGUCGUGGCUGGCAACCAUGAUAUUGGCUUCCACUACAGGAUGAACAGAUACAAAGUAAGACGAUUUGAGAGAGAUUUGAACUGUGAGAAGCUGUUUUCUUGGAAAGGAAUUAAUUUCGUGAUGGUCAACAGCGUGGCCCUGGAAGGGGAUGGCUGCAGCAUCUGCUCUGAGGCCGAGGAGGAGCUGACGGAGAUUUCCCGCCGACUGAAUUGCUCCCGACAGGGACGUAGUGCCAGCCAGUGUGGAGUGGAGGAGCUGCUCCCUGCGUCUGCCCCCAUCCUCCUGCAGCAUUACCCACUGUAUCGGAAAAGUGAUGCUAACUGUUCCGGGGAAGACGCGGCCCCCCCAGAGGAGAAGAGCAUCCCGUUCAAGGAGAAGUACGAUGUGCUUUCUCAGGAGGCGUCUCAGAAGCUGCUCUGGUGGCUCCGGCCACGCCUGAUCCUGAGCGGCCACACGCACAGUGCCUGCGAGGUGCUGCACCCGGGAGGCGUCCCCGAGAUCAGCGUCCCGUCUUUCAGUUGGAGGAACAGAAACAACCCCAGUUUCAUCAUGGGCAGCAUAACAGCCGCGGAUUAUGCCCUCGCCAAGUGCUACCUGCCAUUUGAGGACACGGUUCUGGCCAUCUACUGCGGAGUAGCCAGCCUCCUUGUGCUCCUCAUCUUGAUCCACUUUCAGCUUUUAGCCCCACCUUUUCUUUUCGGUGGGUACCUGUUCCGAUUGCCCACGAUACGGUGACAGGGAGGAGGCAGUCUUUGCAUCUGGUCAUCAGUGUCACAGCCAAAGGAAGCCACCUUCCUCCAGAGCUCACGUUAAGAGUCGAGUGGACAGUGACCAUCCAGCAUGGGGCCUCGUUGGCGCAUGCUGCGGAUGUCCCAGGUCACUGACGCGAGUGGCUGUAGAAUAAACGGCUGUACUAGUCUCAUGCUAGCAAAAUGAGACAUGUACUUUACAACAGAUCCGCUUCCUGGUUUUUUGUCUUUUUUUUUUUUUUAUCAAAGUUGCUUUUGUACAGUUUGUAGAUGCUACUGACACUAUCACUCGCAUGCACAAGACAGUCACGCAGUCCUUGCUUCCCCGGGAGCGCCCAGAUGGCACACGUGGGGCUCAUGUGCACCCAUCUCCCAGGCUUGGUUCUCAACCUGCUGCAGACGGGGGAGGCAGAACGCUUGGAAGCACGGCGCAACACGCAGUGACAUCUUGGUCUUCACGGACUUGUCUCCUGAUGCAAGUGCGAUUCUUAAGAGAAGCCCCGCUUUCUCUCCAGAAGGCUACUUGUUGUAUCUGCAUAGAAUGCCUUUCAGCGAAUGCAAGACAGUCGCGACGUGGAGAAGAAAAUGGGUCUUCCUUCCUUUUUCAUCCCCCUCACCCCACCCCCGAGUCUGGUUCUCCUCCUUGUCCUUAAAAAAAACUCAAUCUUUUAAAUGGGAUGCCUAGAGAAUUAACUAAUUUUGCAUAACGGCAGCGGGUAACUUUAGUUUUUGGGUGGAGAUGCAGCUUGGGUUGCUUUGGAAGUAUAGGGAGACGGAAGACAUAGUGACACAGCGCAUAUGUGGCACCGGCUGCUUAAAAAGUUAUCCUUUUGUGGAAAAAGUGGUGUUGAAGUCUGAAUUUCUAAUGGAUUAGGGAAUGCUGACUCACAGAGCGCACUUGAAAGUACUAAACAUUAUAAGAAGAUUCAUGGAGUGAUUUUCUGCAUUUGUUUUAAGCGUUUCACUUUGGACAUCUUUAGAUCGGAGGAAACUAUUCUGAAAGCUGUGGCUGUGGUCCAGCUGUACCUAACUUCUGAG